AUGGUUGGAUUGGCCGCUGCCUUGGCGACACUUGUGGUCAUCCAGUGCCAGGGCAGCGUGCCUAAGAACCAGGAAACGAGUGGGAACGAGGAGAAGCUAAUGGCUUUGCUCACUCCGCUCAACGUCAACUGCCACGCAAGCGACGGCCGUAAGUCCACCCCACUCCACCUGGCAGCAGGAUACAACAGGGUGAGGAUAGUUCAGCUGUUACUACAGCAUGGAGCAGAUGUCCACGCCAAGGACAAAGGUGGUCUGGUGCCUCUACAUAAUGCCUGCUCCUAUGGACACUAUGAAGUUACUGAGCUUCUGCUAAAGCACGGAGCGUGUGUUAAUGCCAUGGAUCUGUGGCAGUUCACCCCGCUCCACGAAGCGGCGUCUAAAAACCGAGUGGAGGUCUGCUCUCUGCUGCUGAGCCACGGGGCCGACCCGACCCUGCUCAACUGCCACAGCAAGAGCUCCGUGGACAUGGCGCCCACUCCUGAGCUGAAGGAGAGACUUACAUAUGAGUUUAAGGGCCACUCGCUGCUUCAAGCUGCUCGAGAAGCUGACAUGGCCAAGGCUAAGAAGACCCUGGCACUGGAGAUCAUCAACUUCAAACACCCUCACACACAUGAGACCGCACUGCACUGUGCAGUAGCAUCACCUCACCCCAAAAGGAAACAGGUGACGGAGCUGCUGUUGAGGAAAGGCGCCAAUGUCAAUGAGAAGAAUAAAGAUUUCAUGACUCCUCUCCAUGUGGCAGCAGAGCGGGCUCAUAAUGACAUUAUGGAGGUGCUACAGAAACAUGGUGCCAAGGUGAACGCACUGGACACUCUGGGUCAGACGGCAUUGCACCGCGCUGCGCUGGCAGGCCAUCUGCAGACUUGCAGGUUGUUGCUAGGAUACGGGGCAGACGCCUCGCUGGUGUCACUGCAGGGCUUUACUGCUGCUCAAAUGGGAAAUGAAGCUGUUCAGCAAAUACUCAACGAGAACGUCCCGGUGAGAAACUCCGAUGUGGACUACAGACUUCUUGAAGCUGCUAAAGCCGGAGACCUGGACACCGUCAAGUCACUGUGUACGGCUCAGAAUGUGAAUUGCAGAGAUCUGGAGGGACGACACUCCACGCCUCUUCACUUUGCUGCUGGCUACAACAGAGUGUCAGUGGUGGAGUACCUCCUGCACCACGGGGCCGACGUGCACGCCAAGGACAAAGGCGGUCUGGUUCCCCUCCAUAACGCCUGUUCGUACGGUCACUACGAGGUGGCCGAGCUGCUGGUCAGACACGGAGCCUCAGUCAAUGUGGCCGACUUGUGGAAGUUCACGCCGCUCCAUGAAGCUGCUGCCAAGGGCAAAUAUGAGAUCUGCAAACUGCUGCUCAAGCACGGAGCGGACCCCACCAAGAAGAACCGAGACGGGAACACGCCUCUGGACCUGGUGAAGGAUGGCGACACCGAUAUCCAGGACCUGCUGAGAGGAGAUGCUGCACUGCUGGACGCUGCUAAGAAAGGCUGCCUGGCCAGGGUGCAGAAGUUAUGCAGCCCCGACAACAUCAACUGUCGGGAUACGCAGGGACGCAACUCCACCCCGCUGCACCUGGCAGCUGGCUAUAACAAUUUGGAGGUAGCAGAGUAUCUGUUGGAACAUGGAGCCGAUGUGAAUGCGCAGGACAAAGGAGGGCUUAUACCUUUACACAAUGCUGCUUCAUACGGGCACGUGGACAUAGCCGCCCUGCUGAUCAAGUACAACACAUGCGUCAACGCCACAGACAAGUGGGCGUUUACCCCCCUUCACGAAGCGGCCCAGAAGGGGCGGACUCAGCUCUGCGCCCUGCUACUGGCCCAUGGAGCCGAUCCAACUAUGAAGAACCAGGAGGGACAGACGCCGCUGGACUUGGCAACGAUGUGGAAUCUGAAGCUCCCAGCACGAUUAACACAGGAUCAGGUUCAAUGUGGAUCGCUGAUGAUAUCAGAGCACUGCUGA